AUGCUGACCCUGUUUUGGUAUACGAGGCGGUUGAGUGCCAUACGGUGCCUUCAUGUCCGUGGUGUGAUUCCUCGUCUGCCCAUUUCCAAGACAACAACACAGGAGAGGGGCGCGUUCCAAAGCACUGGGAUUGUUGAUGCAUGCUGCAAGGUCCCUCCUAGGAGAAAGGGGGCGAGGGGAGAGGCGGCGAAGCCUAGGGUCCGCCGUCUCGCAGCCGCCCGCCCGCCAGUUGAGCAGGGUUUAAUUUUAUCUCUUGGUCUCCUCCCUUGUUACCAUCGUGUUGACCAAAGCCAACUAGUAAUUCUGACGAUAAGCGUAAAAAACGCGAGACGGAUUCACCGUGGAUGGAUUACUAUUUGCAAGGGGAACGCUGGUAUUGAAACGGCCUGGCGAGACCCUGUCGAUUUUUAUGGGGGUGUGCUUGUGAUCCCACAACUGGAGAACUGGAGGUGAGGACAAGGGACGAGGCCAGGCAGCCACAGCGAGCUUGGACCCGAAGAUUGGGAACGUGGACAUCGGUCAUGAACUCAAUCAUGAACCCAAUCAUGAACCCCCAGCGGAAAACCCCGCUGUGGUGGUUGCUGAGACUCAGGCCAUCGAGUUUCCUGCUCCAAGUAUUCCCUGCUCCAAGAACCAGUGUCAAAUCUCAAGUCACUUGAUCGCAUCGUCAGCAAGCCCAAAGGCUCAUGUUUUUUUUUCUCUCCUCCCCUUCUCAUUUUGAAUCCUCCUGCAUGGCAUUUUUGCUUUUUCUCCUUCACUUUACCGUGUGAACAAAGUAGCUACAAGACCCACUCUCCUCCCAUCCCACAAAACACACACCCCUCCCCAGGCGCAAAUCAGUCGAUCCCCCUCCCGACACGACGGUUCCUCGAGAUGCCGAAAGGGCUUGCCCCAAUACGACGCUCCACGCUUAACAGCUCCCGAACAGGCUAGCGCGCCACGGCCCACCGCGAGACGUGCUAUGUAACCGCGCCGGUCCCCCGCCCCGGAGGAUUCCCU